AUGUAUCUAAAUCCGUAUGCUGCUCCCUUAACGUCAAGCCUCUCAUUAGCUCCUACACCGAGCUACUCAACUAGUAAUUUAGAUGAGUAUAAGAAUAUAGCAAUACUUGAUAAUUCAAAUUUUAGCCCUGUCUCUGAUGUAGGAUCAACUAAGCUACGAGCUACAACUAAUGACUUUUUCUUCGAAGAUUCAAGAGUAAAGUGUCAGUCCUGCAACAGGAGAUUCUUCCCAGAUAGAAUUGAAAAACACCAACAAGCUUGCUUACAAAUGCAAAAAAAUAGGCCUAAAUUCCAAAUUCUUGACAAGAUAUUUCCACAAAUUGAGAGGAAAGAUGAAAAGCCUUAUAAAAACAAAAGAUCGCCACUCAGGCAUUAUCAAAAUAAACACUGAUAUAAACAGCAUCAAGAUUUUAUUAAUAAAAUAAGAUUGCCUGAAAUUGGAACAAUCCUUGAAGAAAAUGGUAGGGACAGCGCAAACUAUUCUCCUACAAGCUUAGAGGAUGACUACAUUCAAUGUCCAUAUUGUGGAAGAAGAUUUGCGUCUUUGCCUGCAGAAGGGAAUAUGUAUUAAAAUAGAGUGGUGAGCUAGCCUGUCUCUUAACAUCUGUAACUGGUUGGUUAAUUGGAAAAAGCUUGAAUCUUGUAGAAGGGAGGAUAGCUUUUGGAAAUGUAUCUCUGGCUACGUUUUACUGGCUUGACCGAAUACUCACAUCCAGGUAAAAGCUUUACCUUGUGGUGAGAUGAGAUGGUUCGCUAGAGUUGAAAAAGGUAAAACACAGCAUAGCUAGAGGUGGUUACUUACUCCCCCCCUUCGUGAGUGAACAAAAAAAUUUUGUUCACUCACGGAGGGGGGGUUAAUUUUUUUUUUUUAAAAAAAUUUAUAUAUAAAUAUUUUUAUAAAUUUUUUUUCGAAAUUUAAAAAAAACUAAUUCUAUAAAUAUUUGGAAGCAAAUAUUUAUUUAAUUUAUAAAAUUUAUGUUUUAAAACACAAUUGUUUAAAAUUAAACAGAUUUAGCUCGAGAUUUCAUUAUACUAAUUAUCACUUAUAUAUCAAAAAUUUUUUUUAUUGAAAAAAUUUUUGUUUACUCACGGAGGGUGGGUUUUUGGGCAAAAAAUAGGGAUUUUUCUAAUGGUUUUGUUCACUCAUGAGGGGGGGGAGUUAGAUAAUUGGGCAAAUUUCCAUGCAUUGUAUCUUUGGGCUCGGAGUUCCAUUUUGAUUGGCAGCUCGACCAAAAUAUCCUUUAUUCGAUUUUCUGGAAGGCCAAUCCCAUUGGCAUACGCCAUGGCUUAUUCAGCGUUUUGACUAGCGAAUUUAAGCCCUCUUCCGUGAGAAGCAAUGCAGUGGAAGACCUGGUCCGAGCUGGCAAGCAAGUGAUGGAGCGUUAUGCGGAGGCGAGUAGAGGGAACUUCCCUAUAAGUAAUUUAAGUUAAGCCUGCAGAAAGACACAUUCCCAAAUGCAAAGAUAUCAUCAAUAAGCCAAAACCUUUGAGAGUAGUUUUAAAAGAUAAAAUUACGUUACCGAACAUUUAUUUGGCUUAUAAUCGAAAUGGGGAGAAUGAAUCAGGAUCUUUAAGCAAUACAAAUAGGAUAUCUAUCUUUAAUAUUACUAAGUCGAGAAAAAUCUCUCCAGAGCCAGAAAAUUUAAAAUCAAAUUUGAUCAAACUAAAUAUGGAGGAAAAAAUAAAGGACUCUGUUAAAAAAAGAUAUACAGUGAAGCAUGUACUUUGUGCGCAGUGCAAUUCUUUUCUGCUAGCAAGUGCAAAUUACUGUAGUAUGUGUGGGACUAAGCAAAGUUUUAAAAUAAGCUAA